AUGGGAAAGCUUCUCAAUUUCACAGCUUUUACCAUAAUCUUGGCAUUAGCCAACUAUUCAAUUCUCACCAAUGCAAGAGACCCAGAUAUCCUAAAAGAUUUCUUAAUCCCAACAGGCCUCAACCCAACCAACAUAACCAGCCAACUCUUCACAUUCACAGGCUUCAGAGAAUUACAAAACGCUAACCUGACAGGAAAAACAACAGCCUUAGUAUCAAAAGCAUCAAUGGUAGAAUUUCCUGUCUUAGAAGGUCAAGGAGUGUCGGUGGCUGCACUCAUGUAUCCACCUUCAGGAAUGAACCCGCCUCAUGUUCAUCCACGAGCAUCAGAGCUGCUCAUAGUCAUACAAGGUGUGCUUGAAGUCGGAUUCGUCGACUCGACGAACAAGCUGUUUGUGCAGACUCUGGAGGUUCCUGAUAUGUUUAUAUUUCCGAAAGGGUUGGUUCAUUAUCAGAUUAAUACGAGAAGUGAUUCUCCUGCUUAUGCUCUCGGCAUGUUUGGUAGUGCAAAUGCUGGUACUGUUUCGUUGCCGAGUUCUGUUUUUGAGAGUGGGAUUAGUGCUCAAGUUCUUGCUCAGGCUUUUAAAACUGAUGUGGAAACUAUUUCCAAGCUUAUUGCUGCAAAUAAGAUUCCAGAUACUUAA